AUGGUUUCAGACGGUCCUACGGAAGAAACCGAGGAAGGCGAAGUGGAUGAUGCAUCCGAACCGGAGGAUGCCGAUUCCGAACCACCCAGUCCCACUGAUGGUUCAAAAAUAGCUCACAAUCGCAGCUCGCGAUCCGCUGGCGGUGGAACAAACCUUAAGAACCGCAUCCCCACUGGGAGCAAAACAGAAGGCAGAAACGGAUUACAAUGCAUUGCUAUUCAGAAAGUUGAACCAUCUUCCAACCCCGCUUACGUCGUUUAUGAUCACAAAGCAGGUAUACCCGCUACCGCUACUUCAGCGACUCAAAAGAAUUGGGAGAGUCUGAGUUCCGUUGAACAUAUUCGCGGAUCAGGGGAAGCUCAGUGCGAUAGCCAACGUUGUAUUUUUGUCGUUCUUAAUGUUACUGUUGCUGACUUUCUUGUCAUGCAUAAAGACGACAGAGCGUUGGUCUGUAACCUGUUUGAAAUGGGCACCCAGGCAGAUAAUUACGUCACUUUUGAAUGGCUUCAACCAUUGUGUAGACUUCUUUCUCUACAGCUGAAUGUUUUCUCGGAUGAUGACGUUCCGUUGCCAGUACAGCAAAUCCCGCUGCCAUCGGCACCUGGACCAACAACCGUCACCGGAUCAAGUGGAACAGUCAGACCAGCUGCCUGGCCUCCCACUGCACCCACUCUCGCUCCGACCGGGUCACAAGAGGAAAUAGAACAGGCAAGUUUUACUGACUGUAUAUUUGAUUCCCGACCAGGCUAG